AUUAACCCUCUCUUCGAUCUAAAACAAAUGGAUAUGGUUAUAUUCUAAUUUGGCUGUAUUUUGUGUAUUUGAUAUAAGAUUGAACAGCCUCACUGUCCCUCUCAGGAACCUGAUGCCCAAAGCUCUGGAGGGCCAGGUGGUCCUGGAGAAGACACCCAGGUACUUUGUGACGGCGGAUAGCCCCGGCCGGAUCCACUCCAUGUCCCAGGAGGUCAAACUGAUCGUGGUGGUGCGUGACCCUGUGACCCGCGCCAUCUCUGACUACACCCAGAUCAUAUCCAAGACUCCUGGCGUUCCCAGCUUUGAGACCCUGACGUUCCAUAACGGGACGGAGGAGGCGUUGAAGGUGGACUCCCUGUGGAGCCCCAUCUGGAUUGGCCUGUAUGCUCUGCACCUGGAGAGGUGGCUGGCCCACUUCCCCUUGGACCAGAUCCACUUUGUCCAUGGGGAGAGGCUGGUGAGCGACCCUGCAGGGGAGCUGGGCAGAGUCCAAGACUUUCUGGGCCUUCAGAGGAUCAUCACAGACAAACACUUCUACUUCAACAAGACAAAGGGUUUCCCCUGCCUGAAGAAGCCAGAGGGCAGCAGCAAGCCCCACUGCCUGGGCAGAACCAAGGGCAGGCCACAUGCUGACAUCCACCCUCAGGUCAUCCUCAGGUUACGUCAGUUCUACCAGCCACACAACCUGCGCUUCUACCAGAUGACAGGGCAGGACUUUGGCUGGUAGGAUGGGAGCCUAGAAAGAGGUGGAAAAAAGAUGAUACCAUCGUUACUGUUCAAAACACAGGCUGCACGAAGAGGAUACAGGACAAAGCUUGAAUUGGUGUAUUUUGUGACGGUCCUGAUGUCAUCUGGAGUAACUCAAGUCCUCAUGCAACCUGUAUUGGCAAACAAAUCAAAACAGUCACACUUUAUUUUGUGACAGUUAAACCGCAAGAAGUAACGUGAGUAAUGCCAUAGGCCUACUGUGUAACACCAUGGAAAGUGACAACAACAUCCACCGUCAGAAAGCAGGUCCUCAGAACUCUAGUGUGAACUUACCCUUUACUCCACUAGAUGGCAGUCCUUCCCCAACAGAGGCUUAGACGGUAUUGUCGAGGUACUGUAAACUACUUGGAAAAAUGUGGAUUUGUGGUCAUGAUCGUCAUACACAUUUUUUUCUGUAGUCAGAUUGAGCAAGUAUUACCAUAAGAAAUGACAUGGCAUCCCAUAAUUUAAAUCCAAGACAAUUCAAGGCAGCUGCAUUGGCAAAUACUUGAAAUAUUUAGUAGAGUCCUGCAUUGAUCCAUUCAGUCUGUA